GUGAUGAUGCAAAAGUUACCCAAAAAUUGGGGCGGGGAAAGGAGGCUACAGUUAGGAAGGCGAACAAGCUGCAAAAGGAGCAGCGGAAAGUUGGGAGGUCGGGAGGGUGCCCUGUUCCGGGGGAAGGAGCAAGUACCACAGCAGCAAGACUUUUCCCUUCUCUGAUUCAGGAAGGUGCUAGACAAAAACAUGGAAUUCAUUUCCCCAACAGUGGUUAUAAUCUUAGGUUGUGUUGCUCUUUUAUUAUUUCUUCAGUGGAAGAACUUGCGUGGACCCCCGUGCAUAGGGGGCUGGAUUCCUUGGAUUGGAGCUGGAUUUGAGUUUGGAAAAACCCCUCUACAAUUUAUAGAGAAAGCAAGAAUCAAGUAUGGACCGAUAUUUACAAUCGUUGCUAUGGGCACCCGAAUGACCUUUGUUACUGAAGAAGAGGGAAUUAAUGUGUUUCUAAAAUCCAAAGAAGUAAAUUUUGAACUAGCAGUGCAAACUCCCGUCUAUCGUACAGCAUCAAUCCCAAAGAAUAUCUUUUUAAAACUGCAUGAGAAACUUUAUAUCAUGGUGAAAGGGAAAAUGGGGACUUUCAACCUAUAUCGAUUCACUGGACAGUUGACUGAAGAAUUACACGAACAGCUGGAGAAUUUAGGCCCUCAUGGGACCAUGGACCUGAACAACUUAGUGAGGCAUCUCCUUUACCCGGUCACAGUGAACGUGCUGUUUAAAAAAGGUCUGUUUCCCACAAAUGAGAGGAAAAUCAGGGAGUUCCAUCAGCACUUUCAAGCUUAUGAUGAAGGUUUCGAAUAUGGGUCCCAGUUGCCAGAAUGUCUCCUCAGAAACUGGUCAAAAUCCAAAAACUGGCUUCUAGCACUUUUUGAGAAAAACAUUCCAGAUAUAAAAACAUGCAAAUCUGCAAAAGAUAAUUCCCCGACAGUAAUGCAGGCUCUGCUGGAUCUCCUAGAGAUGGAAACAAAUGAACAAAAGAGUCCCAAUUAUGGGCUCUUACUACUUUGGGCUUCUCUGUCCAAUGCUGUCCCUGUUGCAUUUUGGACAUUUGCAUUUGUCCUCUCUCAUCCCAAUGUCCACAGGACCAUUAUGGAAGGCAUAUCAUCUGUGUUUGGCACAGCAGGUAAAGAUAAGAUUAAAGUGUCUGAGGAUGACUUGAAGAAACUCCCUCUAAUUAAAUGGUGUAUUUUGGAAACCAUUCGUUUAAGAGCCCCUGGUGUCAUUACUAGAAAAGUGCUGAAGCCAGUUAAAAUUUUGAAUUAUACCGUUCCUUCUGGUGACUUGUUGAUGUUGUCUCCAUUUUGGCUACAUAGAAAUCCAAAGUAUUUUCCUGAACCUGACCUGUUCAAGCCUGAACGUUGGAAAAAGGCAAAUUUAGAGAAGCAUGCUUUCUUGGACUGCUUCAUGGCAUUUGGGAGUGGGAAGUACCAGUGUCCUGGAAGGUGGCUGGCUCUGUUGGAGAUUCAAAUAUUUAUUAUUUUAAUAUUGUAUUAUUAUGACUGUAGUCUUCUAGACCCAUUGCCAAGACAGAGUUCUCUCCAUUUGGUGGGUGUCCAGCAGCCGGAAGGACAAUGCCGAAUUCAAUUUAAACAAAGAAAAUGACGUCUGCUGGGCCUAAGGAGGGCCAGGGCCUUCUGGAGGAGUGACUGCACCCCAUCCUCUAGGCUGGCAGCACCUAGACCUGAGUUUGACUAAAAUGUAUCACUUAAUUUUGUUUAAGGAUUUAGUUCAAGACAAUGUCCAGAUGGGAUGUGUGUUUUGUAUCUCAAGAGUAGACCAAGAAUCUGACAUCACUCUAUAUCUAUUGUUAUAGAGACCCCAAUACAGGGUUUAUAGAAAAUGUUUCCAUGAUCCAAAAAGAGGCAUUUCUUAAGAAGUUGGAAUUUGGUUUCAUGAAUUACUGUAUCAAAACUUUAAAUAGAAAUAAUGUCACUUGAAUGAAAAUUUUACUAUAUUAAAUUUACUGUGAAGACAA